GCAGGAAAAUAUGGUGAUAACGAAUUCUUCGGAAAUAAGAAAUAUGUCGGAUGAUUUUUAAAUAUUACAAUAUUAUAAGAGUCUUACGGAUUCAGUUGGAGAUGUGGUGUAGUCGUGUAACGAAGUCAAAUUUCUUCUCUCUAUAGGGUAUAUUAUUAUUAUUAUUAUUAUUAUUAUUAUUAUUAUUAUUAUUAUUUUAAACGAUUAUUUCAAAUAAUUGUAUAUAAUUGUAUGUAAGAUAAUAAUUGUUCAAAAUGUUUGUCAGUUUUAAUCAUUAUCCUUCGAUAUUCUUUUAUUUUAUAACAUUAUUAAUAAAUGUUAACAUAAGUUUUGCUUAUACGCCUCCAAGUGCAACGGUAGAACCACUUUAUCCAAAAGGGCUGCGUAUAUCUGUGCCACAUGAACAGGGUAUCACGUUGGUAGCUUAUCACGUAAAAUUCAACGAUGAUUUUUAUUCAUUAGAAGCAGGAGUAAUUAGUAUUGAUAUUAUAAAGUCUCGUAAUGGCAGAUGGGUUUACGAAGAUCAUACUACUGAACUCAAAGAAGGUGAUGUUAUUUAUUUCUGGGUACACGUUGUUUAUCAAGGAUUAGGAUAUAAUCUUUUAAAUCAAGAACACAGAGUAACCGAAUUCUUCAAUUAUGACGGAACACCGCAUGGUUCGAAAAAGGAUGGAAAUUGUGAUAAACCUUCGAUAACGAAAGUACUCGAUAAAAAUGGAAAUUUACAAAAUGUUUGUACGAAUCAAUUAAUUUUCGAAGAUAACUUUGAUAGUCUUAAUUCAUCAACAUGGAACGUAAUCGAACAAUUUUCUGGUUCUCCGGAUUUCGAGUUCGUUGUUUAUAUCAAAGAUAAUAGUAACGUUAAUAUAGACAAUCAACAAUUGGUGAUAACACCAACAUUUUUAGAUGGAAAACAUAGCGCUGAAUUUAUUAGAGAAGGAACGUUGGAAUUACCUAGGUGCACAGCCAUACCUGAUAGCUUUGAUUGCAAACGUCAAGCCGUAGGGGCUAGUAUUUUACCACCAAUAUUGUCAGGACGUUUAAAUACCAACAAUUCAUUUGCAUUUAAAUAUGGACGUAUCGAAGUAAGAGCUCAAUUACCGGCAGGUGAUUGGAUAUAUCCAAUAAUAUCCUUGGAAGUUGCAAAUGAAAAUAAUAAACGUGAAGGAUGGACACAACCAGUAAUUCGAAUUGCAUCCGCUUCCGGUAAUUCAAAUUUAAGAUCUGUACAUAAUACGGACCUGAGUGGCCAUGUACUUACCGCUGGUGGAUUGAAACCAUUUCAAACUAGUCAAACACCUUAUUCAUCGAGAUCAGAUCUUUUGCAUAGAAGUACCAAUUCACUUUGGUCCGAUGACUUUCACAUUUACGAAAUUGAAUGGAGAGACGAUCGUAUACUCGCUAAAUUUGAUAACACAAUUUUUGGUGAACAAAAAAUUGAUUAUACGUUCAACCAACCGUUUUUCUUAACCUUGGGCUUAGCCGUUGGAGGUUAUGGGGAAUUCCCAGAUAUGAGUAGAAGCGACAAUUACGAAAAACCUUGGAAAAAUAUUGGAUCCAAGGCGGUUCUUAAUUUUUACGAAGGACGUGACCAAUGGGCUAAAUCAUGGAAACAAGGCAAAACUAGUUUGAAAAUUGAUUACGUUAAAGUUUGGGCUCUGUAAUCAUCCUUCGCUUAUUUUUUUAUUAUUAUUAUUAUUAAAACGCCAUAUCUUUAACAUUAACAAACAAAACUAUGAUUUAUA